GGGAUAGAGAGGAAAAAAGCAAACUUCCAAACACCUGGGACAACAGUUUGGUCAAAGACAAUGGUUCUCCCCAUUUAGAGUCUUAAGUGCCUGCAUGCCUGACUCGAGUGAUACAGGAUUGCCUGGGGCUGAGGCAGAAGCGAAUGGAAAAGAUGAAUAGAAAGAAACGGGAUCUCCCUCACCCUGACCCUAAAAGGCCCCGUCUCCCUGUCCUUGGCCAAUGAGGGAGGUUUUUGUUGGAAAUCUGUCAUCACUGGUGCAAAGUUGGUCUUACUUUGAGUUGCCUCUCCAAUCUGCCUUAUACCACUUAUCUUCAGAGUCCUUGGGCCUUUUGCUGCAUUCACUGGGUGAGACGGGCAGAGCGCACUUACUCCAUCUUAACUGUGACUGGAACCCCAGCUUUCAUUUUUAAACUGCUUUGCCCCAUCUGGUUCCACACAGCUGUGUAAUACAGAUAUUUCAAUACUGGUGAACACAGUACUGUCUUUGGUAACCAGCCAAUCAUGCCUGAAUGUGGUCGGUUCACUGUUUCUAAAGAAUAGGUUCAGCUUACAAGGUCCGCUCCAAGGAACAUCAAUGCGGCUGAGAGCUGAGAAUACUCUCAUCGGGCUAUUGUGGAGGGCUCCAUCCAUCUCAGGAGGCUCUGAUCCAGUAGGACUUGCAUAGGGUGGAAUCCUCAAACCUUCAGCCAGGAGUGGCAAGAGCAGGAUUUAUAAUAAGCAUGUGGGAGGCAUUUCUACCUACUUGCCUUCGGCACUGAGGAUUACUGUACAAGGAAAACAUGUGAUACUAGGCUCACAGAGCCUGAUUGCUGGUGCUCCAUGUGUUACACAAACAUGGUUCCUGAUAAAGGGCCUGGAUGAUGAAGUAGAGAAAGCGCAGAGCACCUCUCCCACCCAUCCCUGCUGGAGAUGGAGGAAGCAGUGCGAGCAUUUAUCUCCUGACAGCACGCUUCUGUCCAGAGUGGGAGCUUGGUCCAAAAUAGCAUCUCAGCGAGCAAGAGACACCAAGCUGUAGAAAAGAAAAGAGCCUCUAGAACAGGCAGGCCGGUUGCGUCCUCCUCUUGACUGUAGACCUUCCUCCUCCUGAGCCUCGGUCUUCUUCUCUUUAUAGUGGGGAUAAGCCUGUGGAUCUUGCUGGAUUGUUGAACAUUAAAAUCAGUAUGUGCCAGGUUCCUGAUAGUAAUGUUUAAUAGUUAACAUUAUCAAGCUUUUACUAUGUGCCAGACACUGCUGUAAGCGCUUUAUAGUUUAGAUAAUUUACACUCCCUUAGAGUCCUAAAUGGGAGCUGUUUUCACAAAUAAGGAAAUCGAGGCACUGAAAAUUUAAGCACAUUAUUUAUGGUAGAACUGGACUUCUAAGCAAGCACUGUGAGGCCAGAAAUUACCCGUCACUCUGUACGUUCUACUUCUCCGAUGGCAGAAAUCUGUUAUCACACCUAUCGGUGCAGAGGUGUCUACAGUUGGAUCUCAGUGUGAAGAGUGUGAGGGGAGGAAGACAAGGUGGGUAGGAGGUGGGAGAAGGCAGCAUUCUCUUCAAUUCUGCCAGGCUCCACCCUGGCCCCUCUUCCGUGCUCAUGGGCAUGGUGUAGGCACAUUUUCCUACCUGGGGGCUUAGCAAAGACUUCUCUGUGCUGCAUUUAUUUGCACUGCAGUUAUAGUAGCCAAGGCCUGACUAGUUCCUCUGGGUCCAGAAGGUGAGGAGGGAUGUAAUACACAAGUCAUUCUUAACUCCCACCUUUACUCCCUUAUAUCCAGGCUAUGUUCCUUCUGAGAACUCAGCAGUCCCACCCCAGGAACUUGUGGGAUAACUCUAAGAAAAGACUAGAUUUAAGUGAGGGUCUGGGAAAUGGCAGAUAUCCAAGACAUUAUCUCCCGACCCUCCCCACACACACCCAGGAGGGGGAAUAUGUGAAAGCCCAAGACAAUGGAGAGAUUCCCAAGUCGGGGAAUGGCACAGCCAGAGGGGUGUUGAGCAUCCUUCAGGCCAACCCUGAACCUCCCAUUUUACAUCUGGGAGCACUGAGGUCUGAAGAGGGCAUUCAACUGCUGAAGAUCUUCGGCUAGGCUAUUUCUGCUGAUGACCUAAUUCCUCUCCACUCCCCUCUUUCUCUCCUUUCAAACCAUUAGAAAGUGAAGCAUUAUGAUGUGGGGGGAGUCCAGUACCCUAUGUCAUCUCCUAACUGGAUAUCUUUUCUCUUCUUACCAGAGUCUAUCUUCUAGCAGUUUCAUGUGACUUUUUUCUCUAACUGAUCACCAGUCAAUCAGAACAACAUACUUCAAACAUACCUCCUUACUAAAAGAACAUGGCCAAGGGUGGGAAACGCCCCAAGGGUAAAAAGAUCACCCUCAGCGUGGCCAAGAAUUGUAUCAAGAUCACAUUUGAUGGGAAGAAACGCCUUGACUUGAGCAAGAUGGGAAUUACCACCUUUCCCAAGUGUAUUCUGCGACUCAGUGAUGUAGAUGAGCUCAACCUUAGCCGGAAUAUGAUCAGGAAGAUUCCAGACUCAAUCUCCAAGUUCCAGAACCUGCGGUGGCUGGACUUGCAUAGCAACUACAUCGACAAGCUCCCUAAGUCCAUCGGCCAGAUGACCUCUCUGAUCUACCUCAAUGUCAGCAACAACAGGCUGACCACCGAUGGGCUGCCUGUGGAGCUCAAUCAGCUCAAGAAUAUCCGCUCUGUGAAUUUCGGUCUGAACCACCUGGACCGCGUGCCCACCACGCUAGGCGCUCUGAAGGAGCUCCAGGAGGUGGGGCUCCAUGACAACCUGCUGAGCACCAUCCCCAACAGCAUCUCCAAGCUCCCCAAGCUGAAAAAGCUCAACACAAAGCGAAACCCCUUUCCCAAAGCAGAGGAGUCAGAUACGUUCGUAGAUUCCAUCAAGAGGCCGGACAACCUACAUCUGGUGGAGGAGAAGGAUCUAUGUGGGCCUUGCCUGAGAAAAUGCCAACAGGCCCAGGACAAGCUGAACAAAAUCAAAAGCAUGGCCACGGUGGAACCGAGAAGGGCCAUCUUUUCCAGUUUGGUCUCACCCAACUCCACGGCCAAGGAAUCCCAGGAAGAGUGGAGGUGACCUGGGACCCUGACCCUAAGGCAGGAAGGGAAAAGGGAGGGAGGCGAGAUGACAAUGGGCUACAUCCUCACAAAACUGAGGGAUUCUUCCGUUACUGCGAUUAGCUCCUCCAGCCAAGCCCAUAAAAUCCCUUUCCCUACCUCCUUGGCUUGUGAUUUUGUUGACCGAAGGGCUUUUAGUUCUUUGCCAUGCCGUACACUUCUGUCUUCUCUGCGUGCACACACCCGCACAUACAAGCACAAUGAGUCAGGAGAGGGAUAUCUGUCUCACUUCUGCCCCAGAACUCUCCUGCCUACAGCCCAUGGCCUGGGCAGCUGACACCGCCAGCACACUCUUAGUCUCAUUAUCACACAUUUCUGGACCAACUACCAGCUCCCCAGUGUGGAGCCUGUUCUAUUGGAAUGUUUUGGGCCAGGCUUCAAAAGUCAGGCAUCUCUAAGCAUGGGCUGGUAGGCGGCAGAUGGACAUAUAGUCUUGGCAAGGGGACAAAACUGGACCACAGAGAUGGGCAGAUAUUAUCACUAAGUAUUGGCAUUAACAUCUUGGGCUCUAAGCAGUCCUAUCCCUUUCUCUUUUCUGCACUUGCAUAGUUUGCUCUAGGAGCUUUCUAGACUAAACCUGCAAGCCCUUGACUGGCUGUGAAUGAAUGAGGUUCACUCCCAUCUUAUUAUGUCCAAUGCUUUUCCAGACCUUUGUGGAAUAAGGAAAGAAUGGGUGCAGAUAGGGGUUGGUGUAGUCAAUAGAUAAACACCUUACUAGGCACUGUGCUAGGUGCAGGGACUGUGUCCAAUGGGGGAAAGCUUGUCUUGCCCUUUGCAACCUGUAGGGAAGACAAGUUGAAAGAAGACUUUGUUCUUUAUAAUGCCAUUGUUUGAGGAAGUUAGGAGAUCAGAGCCUAGUGGUGUGCAGGGCCAGCCUGGCAUAGAGAAAAAGCCAAAGGCUCUGCAGUUGGACAGAUCUGAGCCCAGAGCAGCUCUGCUUCUUACUUGCCAUCUCCCUGGACAUUUUACUUAGCUUUGGUCCUUUCAUCUGUAAAGUGGGAGUAAUACCAGCCCAACUCCAAGCGUUGUCAUGCGUCUCAAGCAGAUAGCUCACAGAGUGAGUACUCAGUAGAAGUCAGUUCUCUCUAAGAACUAGAGCUCGGUGCAUCUUAAAGCUGAAAUACUACUUUGAACAGUGUCUUCAAUCACUCUAGAACUCACAAUAGCUGAGAACCUUCCCUGUACCACUCACUCACACCUUUAUACUGCCUAAAAGAAAGGGAUCAAGGAAGAUAACCUUAGGAAAGUUUUUCAUUGUUGU